UGGCGCAGGCCCGCCUGGCCUGGGAGGCCCAGCAGGCUCACUACCACAUGAAGCAGCGUAGCAGCUGGGACUCCCAGAAGGACGGCUCGGGCUACGAGAGUGACGGCGCCCUCCCCUUACCCAUGCCGGGCCCCGUGGUGCGAGCCUUCAGCGAGGACGAGGCCCUGGCGCAGCAGGACAGCAAGCACUGGAAGAGGAACACCUUCGAGAAGCUGGGCUUCCCCCAGAUCCUGCUGGAGAAGAGCGUGUCCGUGCAGACCAACCUGGCCUCCCCUGAGCCCUACCUGCACCCGUCCCAGUCGGAGGAUCUCGGUGCCUGUGCCCAGUUCGAGAGCAGCAGACAGAACAGGAACAUGAUGCCUAGCGCCAGCUGUGUCUUCCCCACUUUCAACCUGCGCAAGCCCUCUUCGGAGACGGACAUUGAGAAUUGGGCUUCCAAGCACUUCAACAAGCACACCCAAGGGCUCUUCCGGCGGAAGGUGUCCAUCGCCAACAUGCUGGCCUGGAGCAGCGAGUCCAUCAAGAAACCCAUGAUCAUGACCAAUGACCGCAACGUCAAGAAGGAGGCGUGUGAGAUAUUUAAACUGAUUCAGAUGUACAUGGGGGAUCGGCGGGCCAAGACGGACCAACUCAACGUGGCCUUGGAGAUUGCCACCAAAGGCUGGAGCAUGCAGGGCCUGCGAGAUGAGCUCUACAUCCAGCUGUGCCGGCAGACCACCGAGAACUUCCGUUACGAGAGCCUGGCCCGGGGCUGGGAGCUCAUGGCCAUUUGUCUGGCCUUUUUCCCACCCACUCCCAAAUUCCAUUCCUAUCUAGAAGGAUAUAUUUACAGGCACAUGGAUCCGGUGAAUGACACAAAAGUGCCUCAGCACAUUAAAGAGGUCCUGGAAAGGAACAGUAAGAAGAAGUCCAAAUUGAGAAAGAAACCCAAGCCCUAUAUCGAAGAGCAUGAUGGGGUGGCAAUAAGCACUUACGCCAAGUACUGUUACAACAAGCUCCAGAAAGCAGCCUUGACGGGAGCGAAGAAGGUAUCGUCCGGCCUCGCGCGGCCUUGUUUCUUUUCCAUUGUCUUGCAGCUUUUUUGAAGAAGCGCAGGAAAGUGCACGGCACGCUCCGCUUCCCCAGGACCUGCGUGUCCAAGGGCCGGUUUGACGUGCGAGUCCGGACGCAGGGAACCCCUGUGCGAUGCUGG